AAAAAAAAAAGAAAAAAAGGAGGGGGGAAUCCAGUGUCUUGCACAUCCAAGGCGAGGGUCUCUAGGCGGUAAGGGGUCCUUUGAUCAAGAAAAUCCAAUUAUUUGUGUAUAUACAUUUCCCACAUAGUGAUUACUUCAUUAAUUGUCCCGCCUUUAUCUCCUCCCUUCCCAUCCCCCCUAAUAAUCAGUUCUUUUAUCCAGACCAACAAACACACCAUAGGAGCUUUGUGGAUUCAAAGGAUUUGCUUUCGCUUCUGAAAGAGCCGCUAUUCUUUGAUGAUUGGGUAGCGGCAAACUUCAAAGCCAUAAAUCUUCCCUCUGACUGGUUGGCGGCCCAGCAAAGUCCUUAUCAAAUUCUUGGAGGUGAUCCUGGCGCAGUCAGACAGUCCGCGGAGAUCGCGCAGCGCGGGGGGGUGGGACGCGCACGGAGGCGAAGAGAUCAGAAGGAACGGGAGAGAAGAGGGGGAGAGAGAAGGAAACUGGGCAGCUUCUCGUCUUCCCCUCGGCGUCCUCAUGCCUCAGCAGUGCCCUGGCGCCUUCCCUUCGCCCCGGGCGCAGUAGCCAUGGCCGCGGUGGCCGUCCUCCGGAACGACUCCCUCCAGGCUUUCCUCCAGGACCGCACCCCCAGCGCCUCCCCAGACUUGGCCAAACACUCGCCCCUGGCUCUUCUGGCCGCUACCUGUAGUCGGAUCGGACAGCCGGGCGCAGCGCCCUCGGAUUUCCUGCCGGUCUCCUACGACCCGACACUGGGAUCCCCCUCUAGGAUCUUCCAUCCGUGGAGCGGCGAGAUGCCGGCGCACUCCCCAGGGGGGCUGCCGCCGCCGCAUCCCAGCCUGGGACUGACCCCUCAGAAGAACCACCUGCAGCCCUCCUUCGGGGGGUCGCACGAACUGCCCCUCACCCCCCCGGCCGACCCCUCCUACCCUUAUGAGUUCUCCCCCGUCAAGAUGCUGCCCUCCUCCAUGGCCGCCCUGCCGUCCAGCUGUCCGCCCGCCUACGUCCCCUACGCCGCCCAGGCCGCCCUACCGCCCGGGUACUCCAACCUGCUGCCGCCCGCCCAGCCCUGCCGGCAGCUGUCGCCCAACCCGCCGCCCGAGGACAUCCCCUGGUGGAGCAUCCAGCAGGCCAGUGCUCCGGGCGGCUGCGGCCACCGCUUCCCCGCGGCCGCGACGCUGCCGCGGAGCCUGGUGCUGGGGCACUCGGACUUCGCCCAGUACCAGACGCAGAUCGCCGCCCUGCUGCAGACCAAGUCUCCCCUGGCGGCCACGGCCAGGAGGUGCCGCCGCUGCCGCUGCCCCAACUGCCAGUCGGCCGCGGGCAGCGCCCCGGAGGCGGAGCCGGGCAAGAAGAAACAGCACAUCUGCCACAUCCCCGGCUGCGGAAAGGUGUACGGCAAGACCUCGCACCUGAAGGCGCACCUGCGCUGGCACACGGGCGAGCGGCCCUUCGUCUGCAACUGGCUCUUCUGCGGGAAGAGCUUCACCCGCUCCGACGAGCUGCAGCGGCACCUGCGGACUCACACGGGCGAGAAGCGCUUCGUCUGCCCCGAGUGCGGGAAGCGCUUCAUGCGCAGCGACCACCUGGCCAAGCACGUCAAGACACACCAGAACAAGAAGCUGAAGGCGGCGGCGGACGGCGUCAAGCGGGAGGACAGCCGCGACGUGUGACCGCCGGCAUCGGCCCGGGACCGCCGGCGGCCGCCGCCCCUGCGGGCCGAGCCGAGCGGAGCCGCGGCGGGUCCCGGG